AUGACAAAUCUCAAAAAGUUCAAGGUCCACGCCGACGCUUCCAACUUUGCUGCCAACUUCACCAAGGAAGAGGCCUACCAGCAGGUUCUCGACCAGGCUGAAGGUCUCUUCUAUGAGCAGAGAAACUGGGUUUGCAACUUGUCCAACUGCGCUGCCCUUCUCUGGCACGCCUUCAAGUCACUUCCUGCUCCGAGCAACCAGGUCAACUGGGCUGGUUUCUACACCCUCAACCACUCCUCCACCACCGAACUCAUCCUCGGCCCCUUCCAAGGCAAGGUAGCCUGCCAAACCAUCGCCUUUGGCCGGGGCGUAUGCGGCGCCGCCGCUUCGACCAAGACCACCCAGCUCGUUCCCGACGUUGACGCCUUCCCCGGCCACAUCGCCUGCGACGGUGACAGCAAGAGCGAGAUUGUUGUCCCCAUCGUCGUGGACGACAAGGUGGUGGCCAUCAUUGACGUGGAUUGCGCGGAGCUGAACGGGUUUGAUGAGGUCGAUAAGGUGUGGUUGGAGAAGUUGGCGGAUUUGGUGGGGAAGAGCUGUGACUGGCCUUGA